AGUAGAGCACUGUGCGCAUCAAACUAGUUUGUUGUACAGUUUAACGAAUUAAUAUGUAUAUACAGUCAUGUAAAGGUACUGGUAGGGAUAUUGUAUACAAUUAAGGGACCUGUGGUGUUGAUCAAAAUUAUGAAAUCCAACCUCAUCAACAGAUGAAUCUAUCUAAUUCGACCUGUUGUGUCUACCUCUGAUGCGGUCUUGUUCCUGUAACGUUAGCUGCAUGCUGAGAAACCAAAUGACUGAACCACAGAGUUUCUAAACUGUCUUUGACUGAACUCUGUUCUCGCUCUACAUAAACAUUUGAUUGUCUUACAAAGUCUGUAGUUCAUUUGCCAUUCAAGCAGUAUUAUGUUGCCCUUGAAGGAGAAAGAUAGACCAAUAGUGAAGAAGCUGCUGGAAGCAGGAUGCUGCGCCCGCUGUGUCCUGAGGUUCUGCUGCUUGGGUGUGCAGUCGGCCUACCGCCAGUCUUAUGAGGAUACAGCAAGGGAACUUUGUGCUUUCGUCAGUGAUCCAGAGAAUAACGGAUCCCAAGAUGCAGCCGUGCUGGAGCAGCACACAGAAGACCCCCCUAGUAAAAAAAUCAAGAUGGAUGCCGCAGAGACGGACGUCCAAUCAGAAGGCGACUCUGCUGUGGUUCCCACGGUGACGGAGGAAGGCGACGCCGAGCCAGCGGACUCGGACGUGUGUGUGGUGUGCCUGGGAGUUCUACAGCAGUUCUGUGAUGAAGCCUAUGCCAUAAAGAUAUCGGAGGUGGUGAAGGCCAAAAACUACCAGUUUGACACGAUGGUACUGUCCGUCUCCCUACCGGCCCAGCUGUCUGUCAGAGAGCACUCUUGUUGGCUGCAUGUAAAGAAGGAAGUGAGGGAGAAGUCUAUGUGCCUCGAUAUGGAUGAUGUCAUCCAGGUGAAGGAGGCCUUCAAGUGGACCAUGCAGGGUCUGGUGUCCAAAGAGCUGGGGGGCAUACCUGUGGUGACCAAGAUCAGUCGACAAACUGAACAGUUUGAGGUGGGCGUGGGGUUUACACACCCAGAGACAGACUCAGACUGCCACUUCCUGGCUGUCAUCUGUUCAGAGUGCUUCAGACCAACUAAGAACAAACAGAAUGUCUUCACUAGAAUGGCCGUGGUCAAAGCCCUCGAGAAGGUUUCCGAGGAGAAGUUUCUGAAAAAGUUCCCCUGUCCCCCUACAAGGCCAGCGAGCAAAUGCAUCGCUCAAGACGUCCAGUGUCUUCACGUUUCUGUAUUUGUGGCGGGGAGGUACAACAAGUUCUCCCGCACCCUGCCCCAGACCCCCUGGGUGAUUGACGGAGAGAGGAGGAUGGAGUCCUCGGUGGAGGAGCUAAUCGCUGCCCCCCUCCUCUCCUCUUUCCGGGCCGAGGGGUUUAAUUUCUCCUCCUCAGGAAGGGAGGACGUGGAUGUGCGGACACUUGGAAAUGGUCGUCCGUUUGCACUGGAGCUGCUAAAUCCUCACAGAGCCAGGUUCAAUAAGGCAGAGGUCCGACAGCUGCAGGAGACCAUCAACCAGUCCUCUGACAAAAUCCGAGUACGAGAUCUACAGAUCGUAAGCAGAGAUGCUAUGGGUCACAUGAAGGAGGGUGAGGAGGACAAGACCAAGUCGUACACCGCCCUCAUAUGCACCCAGAAAGCCAUCAACAAAGACGACAUCACGUUCUUGGAGGAAACCAAAGAGUUGAAGCUAGCUCAGAAGACGCCACUAAGAGUGUUGCAUCGCAGGCCGCUGGCCGUCAGAGAGCGCGUCAUUCACACCAUGAGUACAUGCUUCCUGGACGCGCAUCACUUCCACCUGAAGCUGCGCACGCAGGCAGGGACUUACAUCAAGGAGUUUGUCCACGGAGACUUUGGUCGCACCAAGCCCAAUCUGUGUGAUCUGCUGAAGACUGAGACUGAUAUCCUAGAGCUGGACGUUGAGUCUGUAGAUGUGGACUGGCCACCCUCCAUCCCGGAGUGAACCUCGUCUCACUGAUGCUGUUGGGGAUGCCAAAAGGAACCCUAGUUCUGAUGGGCCAUACCUUCACCUAUUGGACCCCCACCACCACCAACUCUGUUUAGCUCAGUUCCACUGAUCUCUAGAUGAUAUGGAUAGUGUCAAUAUAUUUUUUUGUUUUUCUUGAGGUCAAUACAGAUGAUUUUGAAAUGACUGAAUCUGUGCAGCACGUGCGCUGAGCUGAGGCCUUGAACUGAUCUUAGAUAUACACGUCUUUGAGAGCCGUAGCAGGGACUGGGUGUGAAUGGCACUGCUGAUGGAAAGAACUACAAUCCAAGUGAAUUGCACCCUGGUGUCCCAAGUCUGAAUUAGUCCCUUAUUAGCAGAGGAUGAAAAGCAAAGUGUUUCGGCCCUCCAGGACAGACAUUGAACAGCCCUUUUAUAGAGCAUCGCGGUAGUAUAUGGUCAGUAUUUUGUGUGUAUUUUCCUCAGUUGAUUUACAGAGGUUUUUGUUCAGCCUUAAAAUCAAUUGUUUACCCAUGGAUUGUCCCAUAGGCAAAAGGAGAGCAAUGCUGUACUUUUUUUUUGUAUGAAAAAUAUUUGAUUGUGAUGUCUCCCAUCAGCAUAAUGUUCCCCAUUGUACAUCCCAUCCAAAUAAAGGCCUGGGUUAUGUUUUGUGCACACAA